AUGCCCAUUACAAGAAACCGAUACACGUAUUGCAGUGUCUCUUGCAGAUUUGGCCUCCGCCUAAGCGUUCAGACAGUUCGUCGCGGCGAGCCAGCACUAGGGCCGCGUGGAAACAGAGCCAGUGCGUCGCAAGCGGCCUCAGCCACACUCCCCCAAGGCCGAGCUCCGCCCUCAGCCAGUCCAUAUCGGCCAGUAGCGGCAGCAUCAGCAGCAUCUCCGCCUCCAGCUCUCUUGGCUCGGCCCGCUGUCGACCGCUCGCCGCCCGCACGUGUUCUCUCAUCAGUCAGGGGCGGCCAAUAUCGUCCGCAGUCGCCUCAGCGCGGCCCCCUCCCCGCACCCCCGCGCCCCCGCCAGGUGACUCUGUCAUCUCCAGGCUCACCCACCAGUAGCUCGGGCAGCCACAGCCCCGCGGACACUAUCAAACACACCGGCUCCGUCUCUUCCAUACUGAGACAGCCGGAUCGCGCCAGCCCUAGGCCUUCCCCGAAACACUCCCCGAGGAAUUCACCUCGCGCAACGCCGACUGGGAUCAAAUUGAACGGCAGAGAUCUUACCCCGAGAGAAUCGCCGCGAGACACGCGUGAGUCCCCGCGCAGCGCUAUCCCGGGGACAUCGGCAGGAUUGGCUGUAACAUUGAACUCGAAUGGAACCAGUCCUCGCUACAGCUCUACCAAUCCCUUCCUGCAGCAGUAUGACGCAGAAGAAGAAGCCGAAGCGUGGCGCGCCGCUGACAUAUUCUCGUCCACGCACGCAUAGUGCUCUAGUGAAUUGAGAUUUUUCUAGUCAAUUUUUUUAAUCGAAGCAAUUCGAAUGUAUAUUAUGUUAAACGAUCGCUUCGCGUUCGUGAGUUUGUUAUAUAUAGAGCGAGUCGAUGUAUAUUGUUGUGAGAAUGUUCGCGCACGAGCCGCCGCCCCGUAGUCGCUGUUAGUUUAACGUAUUCUAUUGUAUAUUGUAUAUAUACGUAUAUAAUGUAGGUACGCUCUGGUCUUGUGCCGUGCGGGCGGUGCUUUGGCGGACGUUCCGAAGCGCUACACACAUCAUCCCACAUAUCAGAGACUCGCGUACACUUUGGACACUUUUCGUGAACACAACCAAGUACUCUAUAUCUAUAGAAAACUAGAAGUAAAAGUGUCAAUGGUAAACACGAGUCAGUAGGUCGACUAGGGAGUGUAUCAUAGAUGUCGGACUAGUCUUGAGACUGAGACCAUAUCAAAUAGCUCGUAGCGUAGACGACUCUAUCUACGGUGCUACGUCGUAGAAGGAGCGCCUUCGGCACAGAACGUCAAAAGACCCGACUCUUAAAAAUUAUAUUAUCCAAAUAUUCCUUUAUUGUUAUUUAAAAUUGAACUAUUAUAUAAUAAAAUAAUAUAACGUUACAUAAAUUAAAUAGAAAUUAGUAAAGCAUUAUUACGAGUCGCUAAUUUCAUGAAGGACUUGAAUACACUAUAUUAAUUGUUCUUUGUAUUGUUCGGUCGCAAUCUCAAGAUCAGAGAUCGUAUUUGCGAAUUGGAAAUAUCGUCCAUGUUUCAUUCACACAUUUAGAUGCCAUUAAUAUUAUAACAGAUAAUAAUUAAAGUGACAAUGUCUGACAGUGUUCUCCGAAUUCAAGUUAUUGUAGAAUUUUUAACCGUUUUUCAGCUUUAAAAUGUAUUGUUAAACUUUUGAUGCAGAUGCAUUCAGGUAUUAAAUAAUUAUAAAGUAUACUAUGUUAUUUAGGAUUCGCAAAUAAUAUCUCAAUAUGUCAAUAUCUAGCAUGUGCUAAACAUAUGAGAGUGAUAUGAAUCGACCAAUGACAGCACUGAUACAGAUCUCACUGCCAUGAUUGGUCCAUUUUGAAAUAGUUACGCAAUAUUAUAUUAUUACACAUAAUAAUAAUAUGACUUUCGGAAGCUGUUUGGUUACGUAUUGCUUUUGAGCAACACUUCAAGACGAAGUUUUGUUACUGUUUUUUAUAAUAUAGAGUUGCACAAAAUGACGACUGAAAUGGGACACAAGAAUUUUGAUACUUUACCAUUUUACCCCUUUUUCUCAUUUGUGAUAAUACUAGGAGUUGCUUUGGAACCUCGCCUUUUAUAUAAGUAGGUCUGUUCAUGAAUUCCUAUACUUGCUUAUGCACUAUUUGUUGAAAUUGGUGUUCUUGUUGUUGUUUAAUACUUUUGAUGUCAAUCAGUGUAGAGUUUGUGUUUUGACCGUGGAAUUCAUGUAUGGAUAGUUGCGACGAAGUUCGUUAAACCUGAAGACAAUAUCAUUUUGUAAGGUUUGUAAGAUCUUAUAUAAUAUGUAAUUUGAAGUUGACUUCAACGUAGGUGGGUAAAGCCACGUCGUACAUUUUGCUAUAAUACGGUAUAUGAGUAAAUAGAAAAUCGUAACUAAUUACAUUUAGCUUAUUCUACAAUACAACUGUUCCAAUGUUUUUAAACAUGUUAUUACUGUUAAGGGAAAGUAUUCAUAACUAUAAGGAGAAUAAUCACAAUUUACUUCACAUGCAGAGGAUAUGAUCUACUUUCGGAAUUUUUCGCAUAAAAAAUUAUUUAUCGCAUGAAAUUAUUUGAUCCUCUUAUAAUCCCCUUGAUCAUUCUCAUUUCGAAUUAAUAAUCCAUUUUUUAUAUAAAUACGUGAAUAGAACUCACAAAGAAAACGUUACUACAAUUCAAUACAAAUACAAAAUACAAUAAUCGAACAGUACGACUAGAAAUAGGAAACUUAAUAAUUAAUGAUUAAGAAAUUUUAAUCAAAACUUUCGAUCAUAGACGAUAUUUUAUACUUCUAGAUAUACUGUGACAGCUGUGAAAUCGUCGAAAAAGGAUGAGGUUGUCAGUAAGUCUCUAUUUUGAUGCAAUGCACGCACACUAACACAAAGUGAUAUACAAAUCGCGAGUGUAAGACGUAGCUUGUCUACACACUAAAGAAAUAAACCUGGCCUGUUUUCAUCAGAUAUCUACAGCAGGAGGAUCUAUUCUCGCCUUUUUGUCGGAUUUUUGGCGUGAGACAAAAGAGCUGAGAAUGAAAGCACCAACGAGAAUUUCUAUUGACUCCAUACGCGCAUGUUUCUCAUUGUUGGAAGCGUGAGAUUCGUCGAUUAUACAGUUUUGCAUGGUAUUUACUGAGCCGGAUUUGAACGACCAAACUAGAAUUGGCAUUCCUAGAAUACUUUCAAGCAGAACCACAUAUUUUGUGGAAUAUAAGUUUAAAAGAUUAUAAAAAGAAAACAGAAAUCCACGAUGUGGAAACGUGACACCUUGAUGAAAUUAUUCAUUUAGAAUUAAAAACAAAUCUAGUCGCAGCAGGCGAGUAGACCCAAAGAAGGCCGAGAAUUUCGCUGAGAUUCUUGCCGAGGCCUUGUCGAGGAUCUCGCGUGAAUGUGGAGUGCGCAUAAAUAUUGAGUCGCUUUGACUCGGUGAUCUGUUCGUAUCGAAUAAGUACGCUACAUAUUUGACGGAAUAUCCAUCGAUUCGGUGUCUUUAAUUAUUCAACUUUCAAAGGCUUACGUAAGGCUUGAGCCCUAACUAUAUCUCCUGUUUAAUAAUUAAUUAGAGAAUAUUAAUUUUGUUUAGCCACGUGUUGUGUUUUAUUCUACGCGUGUCUAAGAUUGAAGUUGGAGCCUACGGAUGUGGGGAUCAUCGCUGAUUUCUCGACAUAUAUCUAAAAUUUAAAUUCCGAGGGUAGAUGCAUAAGUUAGUGUAAAUAUGGGCUUGAAGUGUGGCUCGACGGCUUGUGGCCGAUACACGACCCGCGGUAGUGUGUAGUGUACGGCGCACUGCUUCAGUUGGCUUGGAUGCGAGUUUCGUUUGAGAGGAACCUUCUGUGUAGAUAAUAAUUUGUUGUGACGUGAAGCGAUGACGCAUCGACAUUAUCUGUUGUUGAAAAGCCUAAUGUGACAACCUCGGUUAUUACUAGAGUUUGUAUGUAGAGAAUAUAUAAAUACGACGCUAUUUUAUGUAAUCAAAUGACUUUAUAUACAUAUAGACGAAUCAAAUUAUAAAAAAACAAAGCGGGAAUAAGGAACAUGCCACAAAUGACACCAUAAUAACCUUCGACUGCUAUAGUUAUGCAUUGCUGCAUUUACUCCAGUUGUUAAAAAUAUUCCCGGUGAAUAAGCAGCAAUGUAAAACAGUAUUCAGUUCAGGUUACGUAUGUUGAGCAGAAUUUAGAAUCAUGAUGACACAGAUGAAAUAAAGAAAUGCCGUACAUUGUACUGUUAAAUUAAUUUUGAGUGAUAGCGGGAAUAUAAGAUGACAAUGAGUAUUUGGCGUUUUUUGUGAAUUCUGUUUUAUAUAAUUUAGUUCUAAAGUUCUAUGGAUUGCUUCAAUCAGCCAACCAGUAGGUUCUUUGAACAAGUCAGUUCAUGUUUGUUUAAAAUUAACAAUAUUUUACCGAACUCAGUGGCUAAAGUACAGUUUAAAUCACUGUUCAAUCAAGUGUCAAUAGCAAAAAAAAACACUUUUUGAAUCGUAAAUUAUUUAUUAUAUGUUGGUACUCUACAUUUUUUAUAACAAAAAAUGAAUAUUAAUUCAAAGGACGGCUAACGGCCGUUUUAAAUAACCUAUUUAUCCUUAGUUUAAGUUACUAGAGGUAGACAAAUCUAUCCUUUUACGCUUACUUACAUUUCAAUAACGUAUCGACAUAAAGCAUUGGACUAUAACUAUAUUACACAUAACUAUGGAUAGAUUAGAUCUUGUCAUUAAUCGGCGACAGCAAUGUAUCCGUAACAAGAGAUACGUUAUUGAAAACGACCGUUAGAGAAUUUGAGUUUAGAAUUUUAAUAUCGGUUUAAAUGAAAAAUAAACCCUUCGCGGUUGAAGAACAAUAACCGUAAUUUAUUAUUCGGUAUCUAAAUAUAAGUUACGUAAUAUAGCGUUGUAUUUUUUAUUUAUUGUUAGUUUAAAACAUUUAAUUUAAUUAGACUUUAGUUAAAAUGCGCUCUAUGUAGAUGUUAAAAGAUUAUAUUUUUUUUAAAUAGCUAUGUCUCAUAUAUCAUCA